AUGAACGAAGUAAUUACUAUUCAAAAGAUUUUCUUCCAGGAUAUCUACAAUGUUUGGCUUGCCAUCAUGCACCAUAUUCCUCCAGUACCUCUUCGCUUGACUCUGAAAAUUAAAACACUCACUAUAUUUGUAAUCAACUUAUCGAGAAAUCUCCGUUUCAUACUCCUCUCAAGAGAAGCGACGCAGUGGCUUAUCAGUCCAUCGCAUGGUUUUCGCAACGGACAACUUGGAACCUUGAUUGAAGUCUGA